CUGAACCUUUUAGAAUAACUUUGCGCGAUUUCAGAGCAAAUUAGCAAAUUUUUCGGGAGAUCUCGCGUAAAUAGAAAAAAUGGCUUAUUCAAUGGGGCCCUAUUUCAUAACCGUAGCUUUUUACACCGUCGGCGUGUUCGUAGCAUCGGGGUUUAUCAGCCUGCACUACACCGCUUCCUUUUUGUUCACCCGCCACGUGCUGCCUAGCGCAGAGACGUACGAUUUCAUAAUCGUCGGUUCUGGAACAGCGGGCUCGUAUAUUGCCGCACAUAUCCCGUCCGAGAAUGUGCUGCUUCUGGAAGCUGGCUCGAUGCGAUCCUCCCUCAUGGACGUUCCACUGUUCAUGCCUUUACUGCAAGGAACACGGUAUGACUGGCAGUACGAGACCGUUGCGCAGACCGGAUCAUGUUGGGCCAUGAACGGCAACCGCAGCCGUUGGCCUAUGGGAAAAGUAUUCGGAGGCACCCAGAUGUUCAACAACAUGGUUCACUACGACGCGAAACGAAACGAUUUCAGCACGUGGUUCGAAACGCCGGAGCAGCUGGAUCUGUUAAUGACAUAUUUCAACCGUCCUACCGGGCAACAACUUGAACCCGGUUACCAGACCGAAUUGGGCCGUGUUUUCAUCGAUAGCGCGAAAGAGCUAGGUUUUGGUGAAGAAUCGUUUUUCCGUCCUUUACACUCGACCCGGAAUGGCCGACGAUGGACCACUAGUCAUGCGUACGAGGCCUUAAAUCGGAUCCAUCAUGAGCGCAUCAUGAAUGCGAUGGUACAUAGAAUCAUUGUGGAAGACGGCGUGGCGAAAGGCUUAGUUUUCUCAAAAGAUCAUCAAAAACACCAGGUAUUUGCUAGGAAGGGAAUAAUUUUGUCAGCUGGAACGGUCGGCACGGCUAAAAUUUUGCUGCAGAGUGGCAUAGGUCCACAAAAGGAACUGGGUGCCAUCGGGAUCGAGUCUAUCAUCGAUUUACCACAAGUUGGGAAAAACUUACAAGACCACAUAGGCACUGGAUCCGAACUGCUGUUGCUAGACAAACCAUUGAAUCUGGCUCCCCUCGAUCUGAUACACCCGAGCAACCUGUUGAACUAUUGGACAACGGACCCCCAAUCGUCGCCUUUGGCGCUCGGAGGUUGUGAUGCGGUUGGUUUUGUAUCGCUCGGAAGCAACUAUUCCAGUGAUGUGCAGUUCAUGGUACUGCCGGCUGGCGUCUCCUCCGAUGGUGGUAUUCAUUUGAGAAAUAUCGUCAACCUAAAGGAUUCCGUUUGGGAUGACUAUUAUCGGCCAAUGGCGAAAAGGGGUCAACCAGUAGCCACAAUACUUCCGAUACUACUGCACCCGGAAAGUACUGGCGAGAUUGUAUUAAAAAGUGUAAACGCUCAGGAAAAACCCCUCAUUAACCCAAACUAUUUAUCGUCCGCCAACGAUGUAAAAACGCUACUGAAAGGGAUUCGAAUACUGCAAAAGCUGACACACCAAGAGUCGGCGAAGGAGUUGAACUUAGAGCUUAAUCCAAAGCCCUUUCCCGGAUGUACCGCACAUUUACCGGAUAGUGAUGCUUACUGGGAAUGCUACAUUCGAUCUGUUACCCAUACAAUUUACCAUCCCGUGGGCACCUGUCGAAUGGGUACGAAUGGUAACAAUUCCGUGGUAUCAUCCCGCAAUCUGAUUGUGCAUGGUAUUCAAAGGCUUUACGUAGCCGAUGCUUCCGUGAUGCCAAGCCUUCCCAGCGGCAACCCUAACUCAGUUGUAAUGGCCAUUGCCAAUUACUUUAUAGAAACAAAUUUUCCCCCGAAAUAAAUUCCCCUGUGGUGAUUUGAAGCAGCAAGCAAAGCUUCGGAUAAU